AUGGGUCAAAACUCUUCUUUGAGAGAUCACAAUGGUAUCGGGUAUUAUGUCCUCGAUCUUAACAACCUGCCUACAUUCUUUUUUGAUUGGGAAAACACAAUACUUAUCUAUUAUACCGUACGGAUACUUUUCUCUAAUAACCAUCUUUUUGAUUCCGGAAACCAGAUAAAAAUAUCCUAUACUGCUGCAAAGCAAAUGAUUGUCACGGAAAAUAACAAGAGCAAUGACGAAACCACUCACAUUCACUUUUCAAUGGAAUUAAAAAUGAGAUUCAUUUCUGCCAUUGCCAUGUUUUUGGCCUUCAUCGUGGUUGCACAAGCUUACGUUGUACCACUUGGAUUUAAUAAGGUAACUCGUCAAGCCUUGAGAAGAAUUCCACAAAACCUCCAAAAGAAGUAUAUGUUGGCUGCCGCUGGUACCACCAUUCCACUUUCUGAUUUUGAGGAUGCUCAAUACUAUGGUGCCAUCACCAUUGGUACUCCAGGUCAACCAUUCAAGGUUGUAUUCGAUACUGGUUCAUCCAACCUUUGGAUCCCAUCCAAGAAGUGCCCAAUCACUGUCAUUGCCUGUGACUUGCACAACAAGUACGACUCUACCAAGUCAUCAUCCUUUGUCCAAAACGGAACCGAUUUCUCCAUCCAAUACGGAUCUGGAGCCAUGUCUGGUUUUGUCUCUGAAGACACUGUCCAAGUUGGUUCAUUGUCUGUCAAGAACCAAUUGUUUGCCGAAGCCACCGCCGAACCAGGUAUUGCCUUUGACUUUGCCAAGUUUGACGGUAUCCUCGGUCUUGCUUUCCAAUCCAUCUCUGUCAACAACAUCCCACCCGUCUUCUACAACAUGAUGGAUCAAGGUCUCGUUGCCCAACCACUCUUUGCUUUCUGGUUGUCCAAGACUGCCUCACCAACCAACGGUGGUGAACUCUCUUUCGGUUCAAUCGAUAACUCCAAGUUUACCGGUGCCAUCACCUACGUCCCACUCACCAACCGUACCUACUGGGAAUUCUCCAUGGACGACGUCCAAUAUGAUGGAAACUCUCUCGGAUACUGUGGCAAGACUGGUUGUCGUGCCAUCGCCGAUUCCGGUACCUCUCUCCUCGCCGGUCCAACUGAACAAAUCGAAGCCAUCAACACCAAGUUGGGUGCCGUCUCUGUCAAUGGUGAAGCCAUCUUCCCAUCAUGCAAUGUCAUCUCUUCACUCCCAGACGUCCAAAUCGUCCUCGCCGGUACCACCUUUGUUUUGACCCCAACCGACUACAUCCUCCAAAUCACUGAAUUCGGUAAGACUACCUGUCUCUCUGGCUUUAUGGGUAUUGAUAUCCCAGCUCCAAUUGGUCCACUCUAUAUUUUAGGUGACGUUUUCAUUUCCACCUAUUAUACAAUCUUUGACUUCGGCAAUUCACGUGUCGGCUUUGCACAAGCCGUCCAAGCCUAA